AUGCUCUUAAUACUCAUAUACUGAUACUAACAAUAAUAAAAAGUAUCCACGGGGACCAAAAGUAUUCGUUUCAGCACCACAAAAACUCAGUGAGUGACUUUAAAUGGUGAUUUCAAGCUCUGCCAAGUCUUAAACAUCACUUUGAUCAAAACGAAAAGAACUUUUAUAAUGAAAAUGUAUUUUAAACUCAUUCAGAUGUUCAGAUGCAGAUAAAGAGUUCCAGAGGAGAAAGUCAGCUGAGAAGUGGUGAAAACAUCACUCUGUACUGCACUGCACUCUGUACCUUCCACCAACUGGAGGUCACCUGGUUCAGAGAUGGCCACGCCCUCUCAGAGUCUGGCCCCGCCCUCCACAUCAUCCCUCUGACUGCAAGGGAUUCUGGGACGUACACCUGUGGUUUGAAGGCCAGCGUCAGCAGCCUCUCCCUGCCGUACAGCCUGCAGGUGAAGGAAGAAGGUGCUGUGGGUGUUGGUGUGAACUAUCCAGCUCCUGUUUGUGCUGUGACAGGAUCGACUGUCACCCUCCCCUGCACCUUCACACCUCUGAAGUUUUUCAUUCAGAAUGGAAGAGAAGUUUUAAUCGAGAUCAUCAGAGUCGUCUGGUGCCAGAACGAUGAUUAUUGUCAGUUCCCUGCCCCGUCUGUGUUUGACAGCAGUUCACAAAACAACAACCCUCAUUACAAAUACCUGGGAGACAAGAAGGGAAACUGCACUUUACAGAUCACAGAUGUGCAGAAGGAAGACGAGGGAAGUCUUCGCUUCAGAAUGGAGGCUGACUACACCAGAGCACAUUUUACUGGACCUCCAGGAGUGAGAGUCACAGUCUCUGAUGUUCAGAUGCAGAUAAAGAGCUCCAGAGGAGACGGAGAGCUGAGAAGAGGUGAAACCGUCACUCUGUACUGCACUGCACUCUGUACCUUCCACCAACUGGAGGUCACCUGGUACAGAGAUGGCCACGCCCUCUCAGAGUCUGGCCCCGCCCUCCAGCUCGGGCCCCUGACUGCAGGGGAUUCUGGGAAGUACACCUGUGGUUUGAAGACCAGCAGCAGCAGCCUCUCCCUGCCGUACAGCCUGCAGGUGGAGGAAGGAUCCAACAGUGGAUCAGUUGACCCUCUGCUGAUUGUUCGUCUGGUUCUCUUCACUCUGUGCUCUGUGCUCAUCGUCAUAGUGGCAUCCGUCAUCAUCAGAAGGACGGGUUUGCAGGAAAGCAGCAGCAGAGAGCUGAUAGAUGCAACAGUGCAGCCUCCAGACUCUGACGAGGGGCUGUGACGUCCAGACGGCCGAGGCCAGACUGUCUGACACCCUCACACCAUCAUGUCGGUCCCUGUUUUACAGCAGGAAUGACUUUUUAAAUGUUCAGUGUAUUUAUGUGAAUGCAGCUGACCUCCAUUGUUUACCUGUUUUGGCAGUUUUAGUUAACAGUUUCUGGUCUUCUGGUGCAGUGUGUAAGAUUUGGCCAAAAUUUUUGAAUACAUUUAAAAAAACAUGAUCAAAAUAAAAUGGAGGGGUGCUAGUGAGCGACAGAAGAGUGAGACGCACCUUCAGAUAGCUCGUCGUCUAUCCUGUCAAUAUCUUACAGAAACACAACAGUAAGUGAGUCUGUUUACUCCUGGAAGAGUCUUAUCAGUAGUCUCAAGAGUAUCUGAAACUUACAUAACGGUAAAACCAAAAACAA